UUAAUUAGUCCCGCUAACUGCAGUCCGUCUUAUUCUUGUUCUUGUUCUCUCUCUCUCGUCUCGUCACUUGUUGGAGGAUGCAAAGUAUAGCUGUUUCCUUGAAGGAGCUAAGAAGCCAACUUUUGCCUCUGUUGUGAACUUGGUAGCAAAUUCUUCGCUAGCACCGACACACCGACUCGAGCCUUUCCCGUUGCCGUUGUUGACUGAUCUUUUGCCUCUCUGCUUUCCACUUUUGAGUUCUUCAAAACCAUUAAUUAUAUGGCAGACGAGACUUCUGCUUCUGCUCAAACCAAUCAUAGGCCCCUCUGCUUCGUGGACUGUGAGACAGGGUGUUAGAGCUUAACUUCUGUUUCGUUAGAGUGCAGAUUUUAUCAUGGCGAGAACUGGGAGACACAAACAGCGCUACGAGGAUCAACUUAGGCUUGUUUCGGGUUGUAUUCCUUACAGGCUUGAGCAGAAUGUUGAGGGUUGCUAUGGCAGUUCAGAGAACAAAUUGCUUGUUCUUAUGAUUUCUACACCAAAUCGGGAUGAUCUUGUGUUCCCAAAGGGUGGAUGGGAGGAUGAUGAGACUAUACGUGAAGCUGCAUGCCGUGAGGCUUUUGAGGAAGCCGGAGUGAAAGGAAUACUUGGUGAAACCCCAAUAGGAGAUUGGAAGUUUCAAAGCAAGAGCAGGCAGAAAACCUGCAGCCCGGAAGGAGGUUGUAGAGGUUAUAUGUUUGCAUUAAAGGUGACAGAGGAGCUUGACUCUUGGCCAGAGCAGGCUAACUAUGAUAGGAAAUGGCUCACCGCAGAGGAAGCAUUCAAAUUCUGCCGCUAUGAUUGGAUGCGGGAUGCUCUUGAAAGAUUUUUGACAACUCUCGGAGAGGAAAGAGCAAUCAGGAGGAAAGAAGAAUCAAAGGAACCACCUAUAAGGCCAGUUCCAGAUGCUGUUGAAGAGCAUCAAAUGUCAUCACCUGGCUGCUUUGGUAAGCCUUCCAGUGUCCAACACCUUGAGAAUUCUUGCAAAUGCAUUGUACUGGGUUGAUGAGUCGAAUCCUUCUUUGUAGUGAAGCAACUGUAUUGUAGAAUUCCUUGACGCCCUUGAUUCUGUAAUUCUAAGUAAAUUUAAGACUGUUUUGCUUUAGGCGAAGCCUGUGCAUCUCUGUAACUAAAUCAAAUUUGAAGAAAUGAACAGCUAUUUUUUGUCUUGUA